GACAAAUGUGUGUGCAGAGAACCCAAACAAUAAAAAAAAAAUAAUAAUUUGAGGAAACAACAGUCAAUAAAUUUGAUGUAUUAAUCUUAUUUUGGUUUCUUUUCAUCUCAUACUUGUUCAUAAAGUACAGUCAAAGCGUCCUAUAAGAGUAAGAAAAUAAAUAAAUUUUGGGUAGAAAAAGAAAAAGAAAAUGAAAAUUUGACAUACUUUGGAGAUUGAGAUUCGCAUUGUGAUUUAUAAAUGGUGAUGAUCUUGCAAAUCCUCCGAUGCCAUGUUUGCACAACCCUUCCUUUGUCUCAUCAUGUCCUCGUAAGUAAGCAGAAAAGAGAAAAGGAAAAUCAUAGAACAACCAUUGGCGAAUCUCGUUAUUCCAUUUGAAAUUUAAUUAGGAGGAUGACGAAUUCUGCUUCUACGGUGCAAUCAAUGCCAGGAAGCUCAGGGUAUUUAGAUCUGUAUCCUGAACGAAAAAUGUCGUUUUUUGAGAAUCCUUACAUUCUUGGACUCGCUGCUGUUGCUGGAAUUGGUGGGUUGCUUUUUGGCUACGACACAGGGGUGAUAUCAGGAGCACUUCUAUACAUAAAAGAUGAUUUUAAGGAGGUUCGAGAAAGUAACAUUUUGCAGGAAACAAUAGUGAGCAUGGCAAUAGCAGGUGCAAUAGUUGGAGCUGCAACUGGCGGUUGGAUCAACGAUACUUAUGGACGAAAGAAAGCAACUCUGAUCGCCGACGUCAUCUUUAUUAUCGGUGCAAUUGCUAUGGCCGUCGCACCUGAUCCUUACAUUCUGAUAAUAGGACGUCUUCUCGUCGGUUUAGGAGUUGGUAUUGCAUCUGUCACAGCUCCUGUCUACAUUGCUGAAGCUUCACCUUCUGAAAUCAGAGGUUCAUUAGUCUCAACUAAUACUCUCAUGAUCACUGCUGGACAAUUCCUUUCCUACAUUGUUAACCUCGCUUUCACACGUGUCCCCGGCACGUGGCGUUGGAUGUUGGGUGUUUCUGCUGUUCCUGCACUUGUUCAAUUCAUUCUCAUGCUUUUCCUCCCUGAAUCCCCUAGAUGGCUCUUCAUCAAAAACAGAAAGCAUGAAGCUGUUCGUGUUAUUUCAAACAUUUAUGAUUUGGCUCGUUUACAAGACGAACUUGAUUUUCUUUCUGCAGAGACUGAGGUAGAGCGUCAGAAAAACAAUAAGAAUGUGAAAAUUGGGGAUGUUUUUAAGUCUAAAGAAAUAAGAUUGGCGUUCAUGGUUGGAGCAGGGUUGAUGCUGUUCCAACAAUUUGUUGGAAUAAAUACUGUUAUGUAUUAUAGUCCAACCAUUGUUCAAAUGGCUGGUUUUCAAUCGAAUGAAUUGGCUCUUCAAAUAUCACUUUUUGUUGCUGCUAUGAAUGCUGCUGGAAGUGUUAUUGGUAUUUACCUCAUUGAUUAUUCAGGGAGGAAGAAAUUAGCUCUUUGUAGUUUAGGAGGGGUAUUUGCAUCUUUGCUUCUCUUGUCUAUCUCAUUCUCAAAUUCAAAUUCAAAUUCAUAUUCAUGGGUUGCAGUAUUGGGACUAAUUUUGUAUAUUGCAUUUUUCUCGCCGGGGAUGGGGCCGGUGCCGUGGACGAUGAACUCAGAGAUAUAUCCAGAAGAAUAUAGAGGAAUAUGUGGGGGUAUGUCAGCUACUGUGUGUUGGGUUUCCAAUCUCAUAGUGUCACAGACAUUUCUUUCAAUUGCAGAAGCUUUAGGAACUGGUACCACAUUCUUGAUUCUUGCUGGAAUGACAGUGAUUGCGUUUAUAUUUGUGGUUGUGUAUGUUCCAGAGACAAAAGGAUUGACGUUUAAUGAGGUGGAACUAAUAUGGAAGGAGAGAGCUUGGGGUACCACCCACAUUAAGAAUAACUCAGACUCAGACUCAAUAAACCUUCUUCGCAGCAACAAUGAUCAAUCCUAGCUAGGUAGGUAUAGAUGAAUCACCCUGUCUAUCCUUCUUCGGAUAGCUUUUCAUUGCUAAAUUAAUUACUUUCCUAAAAUAAUAAUAACACAAACUACAUUUAACCUCAAAAGAAAUGUAUUUAAAUUAUCUAUUAUGUUGAGAUUGUUGAUCAACAUAGUUUAGUUAAAGUGAAAUAUAUCAAAGGUCUUGUGUUCUGUGUGGCUGCAUGGUCUGGAAAAGUCAGACUUAAGAGUGCAUACCCUUCCUUAUAACAUAUAUGGUACUUAUAGUAUAGAGUGUAUUGAAGUAUUUGUCCACUACAAAAUGUUAUAAGAAAGUACAUCAAUUGUAUAAUCCAUAAGCACAAUUAUAAGAUAUGAAUCUAAAAGACAAC